AUGGCAGGAGAACACAAGGCCGACGGAGGCCUAAUCAUUGGCUUAGGACUUGGGAGUGGUGCAACGGUUCUCGUUCUAGCCAUAAGCACCACAUUACUGAUACAUAAAGUCAAGGCAGAAAGAAAGAAGAGGCUAAGGCAAAGAUUUUUCAAGCAAAAUCGUGGGCAGUUGUUACAACAAUUGUUAUGUCAAAGAGUAGAUAUAGGAGAAAGAAUGAUCAUUACACUAGAAGAGCUCGGGAAAGCCACUAACAACUUUGAUAAAUCUCACUUUGGAGCUUCAAGAUAUAUUGCUAUUGAUCAAGAAGGGAUACAUACAAAUGUACAAGGGAUGUCAGGGUAUUUGCAUCCUAUGUACCAUAGCAUGGGACUCCUUACCGAGAAGAGUGAUGUCUAUUGUUUUGGUGUGAUCCUUAUAGAGUUGCUUACCAGAGAGAACCCAAAUUGCUAUAGAUCCCAUCAAGGUUUUGCUCUUGUUAACCAUUUUUGCAGUUUGCUCUCUCAAGGAAACUUAGUCGAGAUACUAGAUCUGCAAGUCGCCAAGGAAGGAGGUGGAGAAGUUGUUGAUGUUGCCCUAUUGGCAGCAACAUGUGUCAAGUUUAGAGCUGAGGAACGACCAAUGAUGAGGCAUGUUGAGAUGACGCUAGAAAGCAUCCAAGCUUCAAAGGAGUUUUCUAGCGAUGUGACAGAUGACGAUAUAUCUAGUGAAGACAAUAUCCUUUAG